UUACACGUAGGCACAGAGACAGCAUUUUUAUAUAAUUUCAGGCCCUGAGCCUAGGGGGCUCAUUCCGUCUCGUGGAAGGGGCAGUGACCUGCUCUCGGUCUCUGCCAGGAACUGCUCCUGGAGGGGGCGGGGCCAACAUGGCGCCGAGCGCCGGGUGAGCGGCGCUUUGGCGGUGGUCAAGUUAUUCUUCUGGGAAGCCUUCCUGCCGACUCCACUGACCUGAGAUUUCCUGAGGCCGUGGCGUGUUAUUUGAGCCUGUACUGGCAGAGGGUACCGCGGGGUAUUGAAGGAGUAGUAGGAGUUCGCCAGGGAACUGGGACAUGACCGCCUCCUGUAUACCCGGCUCCAGGCACAGAGUAUGUUGAAUAAAUGUGUUCCCUGCAGAUAAGAUUUAUAAAAGCGGGGGAGGAGACCUGGGAUGGUUUGAGAAGAACUAACUUGUAUUUCGCUCCCAUCUUCCCGCCCCUCCAACAGGCCCACACCCGCCCUCCACGUACACCUCGCAGUCAGUCCAAAACACCUUUGACAUUAGUCUUCCUAAUGCCAGCUUGAGCGAGCCACUUUCCUUUUGGACACAAAGUAGAUUCCAAGCUUGGGCUUAUAUCUUGUUCACUUGACAACAGUGGUACUUGAGGGUUUAGUGAGCACCUAAUUCCUAAGCCUUACAGUUCAUUCCUUUAUUCAGCAGGUAUUUAUUGAGUAUCUAGUGUGUCUCAGGCACCAGUCCGGGGUCUCAGAAUACAUCAGUGAACGUAACAAAGAUCCCUGUCCACACAGUGCGGGAAGCGGAGAUGUGGUGGUGAUAAACAAUAAGAAAUAAUACAAUAUGUAUCAGCAGAUGUUAAAUUCCAUGGGAAUUUUUUUAAAAAAGCAGAGUGGGGGUGGGGUGCAGUAUUAAAGAGGGUGAUGGGAAUAGGCAGCCAGGGAACAUCUGGGGAAGAGCAUUCCAGGCAGAGGGAAUAGAGCAAAGGUUUGAACAGCAAGGAGGACAGUGAGGCUGGAUCAACGUGGAAGAAGGAAGGAAAGGAGGUCAGAGAUGUGAUGGGGAGAGAGUAAAUCACGAAGGAGCUUGUAGACCAUAAUAAGGAUUUCGAAUUUACACUGUGGCACAUUGGGAGCCAGUACAGGGUUUUGAGCAGAGAAAUGACCCAAAGUGGUUUAUUUUUUGACAGAAUCACUCUGGUUGCUAUGUUGGGAAUAGAUGUAGGGAGCAAGGAUGGAAGCAGGAAGACGUUAUCAGGAGGCAUUGAAGUUCCCCAGGGGAUAGAUGCUGGGAGUUGGUCACACAGUGGGAGUGGAGGAUCAGAUUGGAUCACCUGGUGGAUUAGCUUUGAGGGCUCACAUAAUGAAUGCCCGCCUGGAUGAAUGGUGUUGCUAUGAAGAUGAGAAAAGCCGAGGCUGGAGCUGGUGGAGUGGGGUCAUCAGGAGUUCAGUUUAGAAGGGAUUCUAAGUAGCCAGUUUGAUAUGCAGGUCUGGAGCUAGGAAGAAAGCUCUGGGCUGGGGAUAUAAAUUUGCCAUCAUCAGCCUAUAAGCGAUACUGAAAGCUGUGAGAAUGGUUGAGGUCACCAAGGGAAUAAGUAUAGCUCAUAGCUGUACAAGGACCAAGCCCAGGGCACUGCAACAUCAAGCAGACGAGGAGAAGAGGAAGCAGCAGCAGAGGAAACGUGGAGAAAGUGGCCAGUGAAGGAGGAGGAAAACCAAGAGAAGGUGGAGUAGCAGUGGUGUCAAGACAGUGUCUCCAGAAGGUAGUAGGCAACUAUGCCCUGUGCUGCUGAGAGGUCGAGGAAGAUGGGGAAGGAGAUGGGACUUUGGAUUUGACAAUGUAGAGUCACAACUUGAUGAGUGGUUUCAGGCACCUAAUGGAGUCAAAAGCCUGACUAGAGUGGGUUCAAGAGGAAUUAGAGAUAAGACAGCUCUUUCAGGGAGUUUUGUUGCAAAGAGGAGCCAAAAACCCCCAGAGUAUCACUAGUAGAGAAAGUGGGAUGAAGAAAAGAUGUUUUUCUCUUUUUAAAAUUAUUUAUUUAUUUUUGGCUGUGUUGGGUCUCCAUUGUGGUGCGCGGGCUUCUCAUUGCGGUGGCUUCUCUUGUUGCGGAGCACUGGCUCUAGGCACGCGGGCUUCAGUAGUUGUGGCACGUGCGCUCAGUAGUUGUGGCACGCACGCUCAGUAGUUGUGGCUCGCGGGCCCUAGAGCACAGGCUCAAUAGUUGUGGUGCACGGGCUUAGUUGCUCUGCGGCCUGUGGGAUCUUCCCAGACCAGGGCUCAAACCUGUGUCCCCUGCAUUGGCAGGCAGAUUCUUAACCACUGCGCCACCAGGGAAGUCCAAGAUUUUUAAAAAAAUUUUAACUGUGAAAUACACAUAACAUAAAACGUACCAUCUUAACCAUUUUUAAGUGUACACGUUAGGGGCAUUAAGUACAUUCACACCCAUCACCACCAUCCACCUCCAGAACGCUUUUCAUGUUGUAAAACAGAAACUGUACCUAUUAAACAAUAACUCCCCCUUCUCCCCUUCCCAGCUUCUGGCACCCACCACUCUGCUUUCUGUCUCUAUGAAUUUGACUACUCGAAGAACCUCAUAUAAUUGGAAUCAUACAGUAUUUAUCCUUUUGUAACUGACAUUUCACUUAGCACAACGUUCUCAAGGUUUAUUUGUGUUGUGGCGUGUGUUAGAAUUUCCUUCCUUUUUAAGACUGAAGAAUAUUCCAUGGUAUGGGUGGACCACUGUUUUGUUUUUUGAAGAUGGGAGAAAUAACUGCAUUUUGUAGGGCUAAUGGGAGUGAUCUGGUAGGUCGAGGAAUUGACGAUGAUGCAGGGAUGGGUGGGGGAUGCUGGAGGGAUGCUUGAGUUGGGAGGGGCAUGACCAGAAUCUCUACAGUGAAAGGGAAGGCAGAGCAUGAGGGUGCCCUUGCUGCUCAGCGGGUGCACGUGGUCGUGGGAGCCUGGGGAGGUCUCUUCUGAUGGCCAAAAAUCAGGGAGGAGAAGAGGUGUCAGAUGAGACAGAAGGAACCUGGGUGCACUGAAAUGUAGGACCAUCAGGCAGCAUUAAGGGCCCGUUUGAAGUUCGUGGCCAUGAAAAAAGUGCACAUUGGUCAGGAUGGUUGUGCAUUUUCUCAUCACAUUCAAUUGUAAGGGCACAUAGGCUCAGACAGGGAGAGUUGUUUUUAACCAAUGUUGUAUUUUUGUCAAGUGUGAAUAAUGAUGCAUGACGGAGCAAGACACAUGAAAGCAGGCACAUUAACAACCUUAGGGAAAAAAGAUGCUUUCCACAUUUUACAGAGAAGAAACCCAAAGCUGGGAGAAUUUAAGUAGCUUGCCCAGGUAACAUAGUAGGUAGUGCCGGGGAUGGGAUUUAAACUGAGAGCUGAGAUCAUUCCACUAUACCUCACUUGUACUGUGCCUGGCGUAGAAUCAGCUCGAUAAAUUGUGUCGAACUGGGUCCAAGUGCUACCUCCGGUGCUGUUCACAUGGGGAUGGACAAAGGGCACCCCCCGAGCCCCUUCCCCCCUCACAUCUCCACUGUUUUCCCUUUGUUGCGGCCCCUCCUGAACGGACAGCCCCUCUUCUUGGGAUGUCCCUCUCACGUUUCCUCUCACCCCCCUGCCAGGGUCUCCAUCUCUCCGCCCUGGGGCAUCUUCCUUCAGGGGAGGGGAGGAGGGGCUCCAGAAUGGCUGAGGAGAAGAAGCUGAAGCUGAGCAACACCGUGCUGCCCUCGGAGUCCAUGAAGGUGGUGGCCGAGUCCAUGGGCAUCGCUCAGAUUCAGGAGGAGACCUGCCAGCUGCUGACAGAUGAGGUCAGCUACCGCAUCAAGGAGAUUGCACAGGAUGCCUUGAAGUUCAUGCACAUGGGGAAGCGGCAGAAGCUCACCACCAGUGACAUUGACUACGCACUGAAGCUGAAGAACGUCGAGCCACUGUAUGGCUUCCACGCUCAGGAGUUCAUUCCUUUCCGUUUCGCCUCUGGUGGCGGCCGGGAGCUUUACUUCUACGAGGAGAAGGAGGUUGAUCUGAGCGACAUCAUCAAUACCCCUCUGCCCCGAGUGCCCCUGGAUGUCUGCCUCAAAGCUCACUGGCUGAGCAUUGAAGGCUGCCAGCCAGCUAUUCCAGAGAACCCACCCCCAGCUCCCAAAGAGCAGCAGAAGGCUGAGGCCACAGAACCCCUGAAGUCAGCCAAGCCGGGCCAGGAGGAAGACGGCCCCUUGAAAGGCAAAGGUCAGGGGGCCACUCCAGCUGACGGCAAAGGGAAAGAGAAGAAGGCGCCACCCCUGCUGGAGGGGGCGCCUCUGCGACUGAAGCCCCGAAGCAUCCACGAGUUGUCUGUGGAGCAGCAGCUGUACUACAAGGAGAUCACAGAAGCCUGUGUGGGCUCAUGUGAGGCCAAGAGAGCGGAGGCUCUGCAGAGCAUCGCCACGGAUCCGGGGCUCUACCAGAUGCUGCCGCGCUUCAGCACCUUCAUCUCAGAGGGGGUGCGCGUGAACGUGGUGCAGAACAACCUGGCCCUGCUCAUCUACCUGAUGCGCAUGGUGAAGGCGCUGAUGGACAACCCUACUCUGUAUCUAGAGAAAUACGUGCAUGAGUUGAUCCCGGCUGUGAUGACCUGCAUCGUGAGCAGACAGCUGUGCCUGCGGCCAGAUGUGGACAAUCACUGGGCGCUCCGGGACUUCGCCGCCCGCCUGGUGGCCCAGAUCUGCAAGCAUUUCAGCACAACCACUAACAACAUCCAGUCCCGGAUCACCAAGACCUUCACCAAGAGCUGGGUGGAUGAGAAGACCCCGUGGACAACGCGCUACGGCUCCAUCGCAGGCCUGGCAGAGCUGGGACAUGAUGUGAUUAAGACUCUGAUUCUGCCGCGGCUACAGCAGGAGGGGGAGCGGAUCCGCGGGGUCCUGGAUGGCCCUGUGCUGAGCAACAUCGACCGCAUAGGGGCUGACCACGUGCAGAGCCUCCUCCUGAAACACUGUGCCCCUGUUCUGGCAAAGCUGCGCCCACCGCCUGACAAUCAGGAUGCCUAUCGGGCAGAAUUUGGGUCCCUCGGGCCCCUCCUCUGCUCCCACGUUGUCAAGGCCCGGGCCCAGGCUGCUCUGCAGGCUCAGCAGGUCAACAGGACCACUCUGACCAUCACUCAGCCCCGGCCCACGCUGACCCUCUCACAGGCCCCCCAGCCUGGCCCUCGGACCCCUGGCUUGCUGAAGGUCCCUGGCUCCAUUGCGCUGCCUGUCCAGACACUGGUGUCUGCUCGAGCUGCUGCCCCGCCUCAGCCUUCCCCUCCCCCAACCAAGUUCAUUGUCAUGUCAUCAUCCUCCAGCGCCUCAUCCACCCAACAGGUCCUGUCCCUCAGCACCUCGGCCCCUGGCUCAGGCUCCACCACUACCUCUCCUGUCACCACCACCGUCCCCAGCGUGCAGCCCAUCGUCAAGCUGGUCUCCACCGCCACAAGCGCGCCCCCCAGCACUGCCCCCUCUGGUCCCGGGAGUGUCCAGAAGUACAUCGUGGUCUCUCUUCCCCCCACAGGGGAGGGCAAAGGAGGCCCCACCUCCCAUCCUUCUCCAGCCCCUCCCCCGACCUCAGCCCCCUCCCCGCUUGGGGUCAGCGCCCUAUGUGGGGGGAAACCGGAAGCUGGGGAGAGCCCCCCUCCCGCUCCAGGGACUCCGAAGGCUAAUGGCUCUCAGCCCCCCGGAUGUGGCUCCCCUCCGCCUGCGCCUUGAUGCUGUCACACGUCUGCUGACCUUCUUCUCUCCCCUGUACUCACUCUCCCUCUCUCCCUCUCUCUCUUUCCCUCUCUCCCUCUCUCCCUCUCUCUCUCUCUCUCUCACACACACACACACACACACACACACACACACACACACACACGUGCGCGCGCGCUGGGUGAAAGGAAAUAGUAGUCAGCUUCCCCCACGUGACUUUCUCUUUCAGUAUUGUACAGUCAGUUCCUCAGAAUAAAAGUUUGAUUUUUAAAUUGUGA